UUCAUCAUUAGCAACAGACGCCAGACUGACUGACACGGCGGACACAGUUUUGCGUCUUGACGAAAGAGCCCGGAAUGAGACAACUCCAUGUUUUUACAUGUUUUACUUUUAUUGUUUUUUACCGCUCGAACCUUUUUAUUUUGUUUUGACUCCUUUAGUCUAGAAGGACGCGUGUUUGACGCGCUCUCCGGGUGUGAAAAUCGAGUCCACGCGUAGAAUCACCGAGAAGAGUAAAACAGGAACCGGUGUAUCGACUGUCUGUAAGUCAGCGUUGCUUUUUCCUCCCCUCUUAUUCCUGCUUCCGUGGUGCCUCUGCGUUCAGACCACGACCACAGCUAUGCCAGAGACAACGCAAGAGACGUGCGCUUCGGCCAAGGACUCUCCUUUCUUCAUUAAGAACCUGCUGAACUGUGAUAGCAAACCGUCCAAACCCAAGCCCGUUCUGGCUGCGACCAAGUUGGCUUUGGAGGGAGGAUUUUCCCUUUCCCAGGUCGGGGACUUCAGCUUUCCACGCUUUGACCUGUCUGCACAGAGGUUCAGUCUACCGGCUCACUACUUGGAGCGCACCUCGGCGUGGUGGUACCCCUACGCGCUGAGCUCAUCCCACCUACACAGAACCGAAGUUAUCGACAAACUCGGAGCCAGAGUCUCCUCUCCGACCUCGGGCACCGACAGAGACUCGCCGGACCUGGUUCUCAAAUCCGAGCCAGACGUCAAAGACGACGACGAGGACGAUGAACACAACAACAGCAAAAGUGGCGACGAGAUCAUCCUGGAGGAGAGCGACACGGAAGAAGCCAAAAAAGACGACCUGGAGGAAUGGAAGAAGAGGGACGACGACAAGAAGCCCUGCCGCAAGAAGAAGACGCGCACAGUUUUCUCCCGGAGCCAGGUGUUCCAGCUGGAGUCCACCUUCGACAUGAAGCGGUACCUGAGCAGCUCGGAGCGCGCCGGCCUGGCCGCGUCUCUCCACCUCACCGAGACGCAGGUGAAGAUCUGGUUCCAGAACCGGAGGAACAAGUGGAAAAGGCAGCUGGCCGCAGAGCUGGAGGCGGCCAACCUGAGCCACGCCGCGGCUCAGAGGAUAGUCCGGGUGCCCAUCCUGUACCACGAGAGCUCGGUCUCGGAGAGCGGACUCGUCGGUGCCAACGUGCCCGUGAGCCAGCCGCUGCUCACCUUCCCGCACCCGGGCGUCUACUACUCCCACCCCAUCGUCACAUCCAUGCCGCUGCUCAGACCCGUUUGAAAACGACCUGAAGGCAGAAGUUGAUUUUCAAAAAUCAUCUGAAAAGUUCAAAAAAUAAAAAAGACUUCAUAUUUUUGUACAACUGACUGGACUGAAUGAAAAAAAAAAAAAGAAAGAACAGAGACACACUGUCGGGCAGAAAUUGACCUAUUUUGGCAAAUAUAUUGUGUCAUUUUUCAAAAAGAUGCCGUUCAAACAACUCAAAUUCCAUGUUUGAUAUUAUUAUAAUUAUUAUUAAUAUUAUUAUCACAUACCUAUGUAAUUAUCACCUCAGGAGUCCACCUGUGUACACUGCUUGAUGUGUGUCUUUUAUUUGUGUUCCCUAGUUGUUUCAUCACGUGUUUCUGGACAGGUCAACUCCACAGCAUUUCCCCCCCCUUGUUUACAAAAAUUGGCGGACUAAAGGCGCGGGCCUGCUUAUCAUCUGACAUCAUUAUUUGAUUUUAUAUACAUUUCCAGAACUCAUUACACGAUGAUGUGCAAUACUGAGAGGGUGUGCUGUGAAUGAAUGCACCCACGGAACACAUGUUUUGUCAUCGGUGGAAUAUUGAUGGGGCUUUGUUGUAAUUUUGCUUUUUAAAGCGCUUGACGGGGGACAAUCAAAACACUGUCAACUGUAAAAUACCCAUGUUAUGUUGAGUUUUAGUGAGUCUCACUCGUGUUCCCUCUGAAUGGACACAAGCACACGUGUGAGCUCCAAAUGUCUCUUAAUCUACUGUGUGUUUUUGAACAGGAGCGGCAAAAAAAAUCCACUACACUGGUGUAAAAAAUAUGUAAAUGUAUAUAUUUAAUGAGGCACUGGGAGAAGAACUGCCACUUCUCCUUUGUACAGUAAAAACAACGUUUUGAUAUUGUAUUGCUGAACCAUGUUGUGAAAUAAAUGGAGAAUAUUCCUUA